CUUACUAUACAGGGGGAGCAGCCUGUGGUGUCCUGUGUUAUUAUUAUUAUACAGGGGGAGCAGCCUAUGGUGUCCUGAUAUUAUUAUUAUUAUACAGGGGGAGCAGCCUGUGGUGUCCUGUUAUUAUUACUAUACAGGGGGAGCAGCCUGUGGUGUCUUGUUAUUUUUAUUAUUAUACAGGGGGAGCAGCAUGUGGUGUCCUGUUAUUAUUAUUAUUAUACAGCAGGAGCAGCCUAUGGUGUCUUGUUAUUAUUAUGCAGGAUGAGCAGCCUGUGGUGUCCUAUUUUUAUUAUUAUUAUUAUUAUUAUACAGGGGGAGGAGCCUGUGGUGUCCUGAUAUUAUUUUAAUACAGGGGGAGCAGCCUGUUGUCUCUUGUUGUUGUUAUUAUUACAAUACAGGAGUAGCAGUGUGUGGUGUCCUGUUAUCAUACCUCCCAACAUGACCCUCUCCAGGAGGGACACAAUGCUCUGCUUCUGGUCUUUUCUAUUAAUGUAAGAUUGCUGGCACCUGUUAUGAACAGGUUAAUGGAUAAGAAAGGUGUUUCAGCACAGGUGAUGGCAAUCAUAAAAUAGAGGGAAGUCCAGGAGCAGAGAAUUCUGUCCCUCCUGGAGAGGGUCAUGUUGGGAGGUAUGUGUUAUUAUUAUUAUUAUUAUACAGGAGGAGCAGUGUGUGGUGUCCUGUUAUUAUUAUUAUUACUAUUAUUAUUAUUAUUAUUAUACAGAGGGAGCAGCUUGUGGUGUCCUGUAAUUAUUAUUAUUAUACAGGAGGAGCAGCUUGUGGUGUCCUGUUAUUAUUAUACAGGGGGAGUAGCCUGUGGUGUCCUUUUAUUAUUAUUAUACUGGAGGAGCAACCUGUGGUGUCCUGUUAAUAAAGACAUAUGUUAUUAUGUUUAUGCUGGGGUGCAGCCUUUAGUGUCGUUGUUAUUAUUAUUAUUAAUUUUACUAUAUGAAAUUGUGGGGAUUGAAAAUAUUGCUCAAAUUCUCGGAUAUAUUAAAGCAGAGACCAUAAUAUACCUGGCAUGUGUAACAGAUGAUAAUUGAAGCAGUAUGAAGCAAAUGUAUAUCACACUCCUGGGAGUGUCACAGUGACAUCAUUUAGAUCUAUAGUAAUAAAGGAACUCCAGCUGUGGGGAACGGAGUCUUUAUUACACAUCACACGUUCUGUAUUCUCUCUGAUUCACAAAGGAUGGACAAGGACAGGAGUCACAGGACUGAGAGGAUAAUUAAUAUCACCCUGGAGAUCAUCUACCUGCUGACUGGGGAGGAGGUGGAGUAUAUAGAGGAACACAGGGGUCUGUACAAGGACGUGAUGAUGGAGAAUCACCGGCCGCUCACAUCACUGGAUGGACCCAGUAACAGAGAUACCCCAGAGAGAUGUCCCCGUCCUCUGUAUUCCCAGGAUUGUACAGAGGAGAAUCACAGGAUCCCACAGGAGGAUCAGGGUGAAGCCCAAAUAAAUAAUGUUAAAGUCAAAGAUACAGAGGGAGAAGAAGAGACGUAUGUGACUGAUAUAAAGGCAGAAGAUAUAGAGGGAGAAGAAGAGAUGUAUGUGAGGGGUGAUCAGCAGUGUACGGAGGAGGAGAUCCCUACAGAUAUCAGCACAGCAGAUGGACACACAAGCAAGAACAUCUCAGAAGGACAUCUAAUGUUAUCCCUGGAUUCUGAAAUAACCGAUAACGACAGUAGACAGGAUUCUCCAGGAGCUAACCCCAUUACCCCAAUUAUACAUCCAGCUCUAUCAGCUGAUCCCUCUGAUCCUGGGAAAUGUUCUCCUGAUCACUCUGAUAUUGGUGCAUCUGUUACAGCUCUGACAGUAGAUACAGUGUUUCCCUGUUCUAUAGAUGCCAAAUGUUUUACACAGAACACAAAGCUUAUUACCCAACAGCCAGCUAAGGCAGGUGAGAGGCCACUGAUAUGUUCUGAGUGUGGGAAAUGUUUUACAUAUAAAUCAGCUCUUGUUACACAUAAGAGAACUCACACAGGUGAGAAGCCAUAUUCCUGUUCUGAGUGUAGGAGAUGUUUUGCAAAAAAAUCACAUCUUGUUAUACAUCAGAGAAGUCACACAGGUGAGAUGCCAUUUUCCUGUUCUGAGUGUGGGAAAUGUUUUGCAACAAAAUCACAUCUUGUUUUACAUCAGAGAAGUCACACAGGUGAGAAGUCGUAUUCCUGUUCUGAGUGUGGGAAAUGUUUUGCACAGAAAUCAAAUCUUGUUAUACAUCAGAGAAGUCACACAGGUGAGAAGUCGUAUUCCUGUUCUGAGUGUGGGAAAUGUUUUGCACAGAAAUCAAAUCUUGUUAUACAUCAGAGAAGUCACACAGGUGAGAGGCCGUAUUCCUGUUCUGAGUGUGGGAAAUGUUUUGCACAGAAAUCAAAUCUUGUUAUACAUCAGAGAAGUCACACAGGUGAGAAGCCGUUUUCCUGUUCUGCGUGUAAGAAAUGUUUUGCACGGAAAUCAGAUCUUGUUACACAUCAGAGAAGUCACACAGGUGAGAGGCCGUAUUCCUGUUCUGAGUGUGGGAAAUGUUUUGCACAGAAAUCAAAUCUUGUUACACAUCAGAGAAGUCACACAGGUGAGAAGCCGUUUUCCUGUUCUGAGUGUGGGAAAUGUUUUGCAUGGAAAUCACAACUUGUUACACAUCAGCGAUUUCACAGAUGAGAAGCCAUUUUCAUGCUGUGAGAGAAAUAAAUCCGCUCUUGUUGAACAUAUUAGACAUUACCAAAGUACAGAACCAUUUCAAUCUUCUGGAGUAUAAUUAUCACUGUCGUGCAAUGUUCCUCAAGGGUGAAUCCGAUCUCUUAUGCUUUAUAAAAUAUACAUGCUACCACUGGGUGAUAUAAUCAGACGUCAUGGCCUGGUCUACCACUGCUAUGCUGAUGACCUGCUUUUUGCUCCAUGUACUGAGAACCUAAUACCAAUAAAUGGUUGUCUAGCUGAGCGCCAGGGGUGGAUGAUGCCAGUUGGCUAUGACUCAGUCUUUGUGAAACAUAAUAGAAGCUCACCAACAAAGGACAAGACUACAGCUUUACCAACCAUCUGGAUUUAUGCUUUGGUGUUCAGAAUUGCAAAAUACUGAACAUGUGCUGAAUCUUUGUGUUGUCCUGGUAUGUGGCUGACACAGACAUCAGGUAUCUGCCACAUACAAAUCCUCAUUCUUCCAUCUGUGGACCAUAGCCAGAAUCAAGCACUUGAUUCCCUCAGAAGUUCAUAGACUACUGCAAUGCCAUCUACCUGGGUCACCCAGCAAAAGAAUUACAGAGCUUGCAGCUAGUACAGAAUGCAGCAGCCAAGCUGUUACCUAACCAGCUCAUUCCUGCCACAUAACACCCAUUCUCUAUUCCCUUCACCGGCUGCCUGUAAGAUGACAAAUCUAUUUCAUAAUUGGCUAACUGACCUUCCCAGCCCAAUAUUACAUGGUCCAAGGUACUAGAAGCAGCUUCUGCCUCCUUACUGCCCUGCUUGCUGGCUUCUACAGAUGGACUGUUACCAGCAGUACCAAGAGUCUCCUGUCAUUCAUUUAAGGGUUGAACUUUUAGCUUUGCAGCCCUGACCAUGGAACGUACUGCCUUGCACAGUCCAAGAGGCCUCCACUCUAGAGACCUUCACAAGCAGACUGAUGACUGUUACUCACGCUUUUCAUUAAUGUUCCUCUAUUUACUUCCUAAAUAAUACAUCCCAAAUGCUUAGGUCUUUUUUCUGCUGUUUAUUUUGUAUCUUGUGCUUUAUGUAAAUGUGAGUGUCUAAUACCAGUUUCCACAAUCUGUAUUGCUGCAUGACAAUAUGGCGGCCAUUGGAACGUGUUUUCACUUCUUCUAGUUUGCCUAACUUGUUGCAGACACUCAUCUUGAUAAGGAGUGCUGAGUGUUUUCUGAUACAAGAUCCUAUCUAUAUAUACCCUGUACAUUACCAUGUGCAUUAGAGUCACCCGGGUUCCAUCUGCGGUGGUUUGUUGUAUGUUACAUCUAUAUGGUGCGGAUACUCCCCUGUAUUUCAUAAUAAAAGCUUUUGUUUGCAUGUAAUUAUUGCAUUAAAUCUUUUGUUUUUUAUUCUGUUUUAUAUUCCCGUCUGAGUAAUUACGCCAUAAUGUCUAAUCUCGGAGUGGACCCCAGAAGAUGUAAAGAAACCAUGUAAGUGUUCCAUCAUUCUGUUUCGUGUAAGCAUACAGGUAAGUGAUGGCACGGUGGUCACUGACCGUCACCUUCAGGUGGUAUAAUGGAAGUGGGACUAUCUGGGCUUAUUCUAGUCUACUGCAGAAAUAAAAAAAAUCAGCCUUUAUCCUGCUUAAAAAAAUUACAAAGCCCAUAAAUCAAGCUUGGUCGGACAAGACAAGUCACAUUAAUGGUGGCACAUCAUAUAGGCUGAGGACCCAUGUUUCUGGGAUAUAUGGCAUAACUCCCUCUUCACCCACAAAAACCUUCCCUUCACCAUUCACAAUGUCCACCAUUGCCCCUUCAGAAGGGACACAACUUUCCUUUGCUUUUCCACCUCCUCCUUCACAGAGCCCAGGACCACCUCCAUGACCAUUUCAUGUUUAUCUGGAAGCCAGGCAUCUGGGAGGUUCAUGGCCUGAGAUGACCACAGAACCACCAGGUAGUGGGCAAGAAGAAUCCACAGCCUCCUGAGGAACUGGAGAGUCCAAGGAUCCACCCCACAUGAGGCAGAGAAGGGUCAACCACAGGGACUGGCUCACCUAUUUCCUUCCUAAAAGCUGCUCUUUACCCAGUUUGGUACCUGUGGGAUCCCACUCCAAUUUCCCUUGAGAGUCCCUACCCUCACUAAUCCCUUCUGAACCUACUAGUUCCUUCACCUUCCAACCACUCCUCAUUUUUAAGCUUUUCACCACCUGCUGUGUGAGUACCAUCCAACCACUCCUCCUCUCCUUGACUCAUUGGUGUAGCAACCCCCUUCCCCCACCCCACCACACUGCUACACUGCAGUUAAGCUGUGAGACUUGCUGCUAGCAGUACUCACUACUCAGCACACACACACUCACAUCAUGAUUACACAGCUGUGCCAGAGACACUGUCUCACUGACAAAUAAAUAAUAAAUAAAUAAAAUAAAGGAAUAAGGGACAAUAAACAAAUAAAAACAAAUAUAUAUAAAUAAAUGGAUAGGAUAAGGAUAAAUUUAGUACAAAUACAGGGACUCAACAAUAAAAUGCAGUAAUGGACAAAGGAAGACAAUCAGUUAUACAACACAGUGGGAAAAGCUAAUAUGGAAAGUUAAUACUUAUCUGCUCCACUGAUCUCUGCACAGAAGUUGUUCUCCCCGGCUGCAGGCUCCCUUCCCCACCAGCUGCUGGCUCCCUCCGGCCACUGCUUCCUCCUGACUAUUGUCUCUCCCCGGCCGCUGGCUUCCCCCUUGCUGCCGGCUUCUGGCUCCCCCGGCUCACGGCUCUAGCACCUUGUCGCUCCAUCCUCGUGUGCGUCCUUGUGUGUGCGCGCCCAAUGUCACUUCCGGUUCCAGUCGCUUGAUGCUCUAUCAGUAAUAGGUUUCUCCAACAUACUUGAAAUGUAUUUGUAGUUGACUAUGUGCUCCUAUUGCUGAUUAUACUAAUGUAUAACCUGUGACUGCUGAAUUUACUAAAAUUCUGUCAGUUUUUUUCUGACUAUUCCGAUCUUCAAUGCUUGUGCAAAGCAAGGUAGGGUCGGAUUUUAUGUCACUUUAACAAAAUUUUAAGUGAUUACAGUCACAAAUUGUGUAGUACACUGUGCAAGUGUCUGAUUAUUUAUCAUGUCUAAGAGCGGCAAGGGUGAGGAAAAUACACUCACAGCAGCACCAAUACUCAUCAUGUUUGUCAAAGCUGGGCUAACCUCUCAGGAUCUG